AUGGCGGCUGCGGCGGCCGCACUCACUCAUCAGCAUACAAUGACAGGCGCGCCGACGACGCCCAGCCACAGCCCUGCCCAAGCCGGCGCGGCUCCAACCCUCCCCAGGGGGCCCCGCGCCACUGGACUACCUGACCCUGUGAACGUGCUUCGCGAACAGCAGCCGGAUACAAAGGCAGCCGCGCAAAGAGGCGGAUCGGCCUUGGGAGAGAUGAUGGAUCGGCCCGUUGCGUGCGCGUUAAUCCCGACUGCGGGCGAGGCGCCCCCGCGGCGCGUGCGGAUUGCCGCUGCCUCUGCCGCCGCUGCCGGCGGCCCACGGGACGGGGGAGGCGCUGAUCGGCCUGCGGGGACGCCAGGCGACGCGACGCUCUCCGGCCGGAAAAUUAAUCAGGAAGCGGCGCGGCGCCCCGGGCCGUUUGCGUCCUCCCGCGGGGGCCCUGCAGGUGCCGCCAAGAUUGCCGCCGCUUACCGCGUGCGUCACCGGCGGGGCAGGCCACCCCCGCGCUGGGGCGGCCGCUCCUUGCCGACGACCGCCGCCCCCGCUCCACUUUAA